CGCGGCUGUCCCUCGGGCCGCGCCGCCGCCAUGGAGACGCUGUACCGCCUGCCCUUCGCCGUGCUCGAGUGCCCCAACAUCAAGCUGAAGAGGCCGGGCUGGGUGCACAUGCCCUCGGCCAUGACGGUUUACGCGCUGGUGGUGGUGUCCUACUUCCUCAUCACCGGAGGGAUUAUCUAUGACGUGAUCGUGGAGCCUCCCAGCGUGGGGUCGAUGACAGACGAACACGGGCAUCAGCGGCCGGUGGCCUUCUUGGCUUACAGAGUAAAUGGGCAAUAUAUUAUGGAAGGGCUCGCAUCCAGCUUCCUCUUCACAAUGGGUGGCCUAGGAUUCAUAAUUCUGGAUCGAUCCAAUGCACCGAAUAUCCCCAAGCUGAAUAGGUUUCUUUUGCUCUUUAUUGGAUUUGUCAGCGUGCUUUUGAGCUUCUUCAUGGCCAGAGUUUUCAUGAGGAUGAAAUUACCGGGCUACUUGAUGGGCUAGUACCUUUUGUGAUGCAUGAAAGCUCGAGCUGAAUUUCCUCCUCUUCAUGAAGUGUUUAAGAAGCAGCAGCACGAAACAAAUUCCACAGUCGCCAUCAACAGGGAAGAGACCUGGCUGUGAAAAACAACUAGUCCAAGAGUGCGCUCUCUGCAGCCAAACUCACCACCAAUGGCUGAUUUGUAAUUUUGAGGCAAUGUUUUAUCACUUCUGUUACAGGGCUUUUGACAAGAGCAGGUUGCCUAACUGGGUUUCCCUUUGAGAUCCCAACUCUGUGUGAAAUAGAGAACCUGUCUGGAGCUCUGCCUGAAAUAUUAGCCAUUGCCUUGGCAGUUCUUUGCUGCAGGUCUCUCUCCUCUUCCCCAUGUGGGACAAAUAUCUGUGUGAAUUGGAGAAGAAACACUUGAAACAAUUCUUUCCAAGUGAUAAUUAGAAAAUUAGUAACUUUGGAUGCUUUACAGUCAAAAUACAAUGUGUCUGAAAUUAUUUCAAAUUCACCUUUUGCCUUGAUACCGAUGGCUCUGUGUGAGCAAAUCCAGACAUGCACUGGGAAAGGCAAACUGUAUGAGUGCGCAUUUCUUUUUGAAAAAGUACGAAAGGAGCCAAAUAAAUCUUAUUUUCUACAAAAUUAGUUGAA